AUGGCCAAAUCCAUCAUCCAAAGAUACCAACACAUCAAAAGACAUCUAAGACCAGUCUCAAGAAAGCAGUCACGUUACUCUAGUAUCGAUUUUGGCCAUGGAAAUUACUCUCGCUACAUAUGCAGGGUCCUGAAGGAAAUUGUACCCAUGAAAGGCAUAUCUUCACACACCGUGGACGUUCUGAACUUCCUGGUCAAUGAUAUCUUUGAACGCAUUGCUACAGAAGCUGGCCAGCUGAUGUAUCUCAGGAAGCGCUGCACCCUCACCCCAGAAGAUAUCCAGAAAGCAGUGUAUCAGCUGUUACCCAAGAAGCUGGCUAAGUUUGCAGUGAUUUUUGGAAAUAGAGCUGUCCACAGAUUUGUCCAUCCCUAA